UAAAAAUAAAACACCGAGCCAGUCUACAAAGGGUAUCGAAACCACGGCGUAGAUUUCUCUUCAUCAUUAUUCUAUUUCGAAUACUUUCUCUCUCUCUCCUUUUUCAUCUUGCAUUUCUUUUCCCUUGCUUACUUGCUUGCUUCAUCCUCCCCCUUUGGUUCUUUACCUGCAUCACGCCCGUUCCUGGCAUCGUCUAUUCCUAAUGAGAAGCUCUCAUGCCAUGGAUUCGAAAAGCCGGUUAUAGUUUGUUCCGCACAAGAGCUUCUAGUUAACAUUAUUCUUCAAGAUUCAUGAGCAGCUCGUUGCCAUCAGGGUACUUUAAAGAAGUAAUGGAUGUCAAAGAAAUCAUAGCUUUACAUUCACUGCUUCAUUUAGUUUUCCACCGAAAUAAGAAUCAGCACGGGAACACGAAAUGGUGGAAAUGGUUGUCUAUCUUGAAACGCAUCACUCUGAAACUCGCUAAGUCAUUGGAGACCGAUGCCUUCCAUACUGCUCGCCUAUUUAAAGAGCAUCUGGCUUUGCAUGUCAUUCCACAUUGUUACCUGGCAUUCUCGACAGUCAUAGCCGAUGGCCAGUUUUCUACAAUAGGCACAGUGCUGGUAGCUGCGCUUGCUCGUUUAACUAAAGCGACAGGAAUAGACAAGGAGAUGAACUCCCUGCAUCGAAAGAAAAUGGCAUUUCGGCCGUCGACUUGCCUUAAUAAUUUGCAACAGGAGGAUGUGGGAGAAGUUGUUUCUCGGUUGAGCGAGUCUUUUAUCCCUGUUCCAGGCUCUCUGUCUGACAAGCAAGACGGUUUAGAAGAACCGAAUAGCCACCAGAGGGCAGCAAGAGAAACUGCUACUAUCGCUGUAAAACCUUCGGGCCAGAAGAAGAGGAAGAAGAACGCCAUCGAUGAUCUUUUCAAUGGGAUGCUGUGAUCAUGCUGGCUGCUUAGAGUCAGACAUUAUUCAACUACUUGCGGACCAUCCAAAUUCGGAAUGUAUCAGUUAAGAAUAAACGAUGCCCAGUUGUAUCCUCAUAGCAACUCGGUUAACGACAAGCAACUGAAUGAAACGCAUUA